AUGGUAACCAAAGGUGAACGACCAUCGGUCAAUGUCCAUCUUACACAGGAUGAUUCUCAAACAUCUCAAAUAAGCAAUGCGGAAGGAGAAGUACGAUUUUAUGAAACGCGCAUGCAAAAACGUGUGAAAGAAUUUGUCAAUUAUUGUAAUCGGACAUCGAUUGAAGUACUUAUUGCUCAAUAUGAACAUAUUCAGGCGAUAAAACCAUCUAAAGCAAAAGCUUUUAUUGGAAUGCUUCCUGUAAAUUAUCAUAAAAAUCGUUAUAACGAUGUAUACUGUUUGGAUAGUUCCAGAGUUGUUUUACGACGUGGAGUUGAAGAUUAUAUACAUGCUAAUUAUGUUCGCCAUAAAGUUCUUCAAAAUGAUUUCAUUCUUACACAAGGUCCACUAUCAAAUACAGUAAACGAUUUUUGGGAAAUGGUUUGGCAAGAACGAUCCGGACUUAUAUUUAUGCUUUGCAAAUAUGUUGAAGAGCACAAAGUGAAGUGUGCAGAAUAUUUACCAACGCUUCAAACUCGUACAAUUAUGCAUGCUGGAAUACGGAUUGAAUUACGGGAACGUAAGAGAUCAAAAAAUGGUGAUAUUAUCAUGACGCAAUUACUACUUAGUCGGGGAAAUGCAAAUCUUACCGUAAUGCAUUAUCAAUGGAUAUCAUGGGCUGAUAAACAGGUGCCAGUAAAUGACUACAAAACACCGUUUUACUUGCUGAAGAAAUCACGUAUUUCACCGACGUGUACCGUAGUACACUGUAGUGCUGGUAUAGGUCGUAGUGGUACUUUAGUUGCAAUUGAACUUUGUUUGAUGCAACUAGUAGCUGGUAAUGAAUUAGUAGUACCAGACAUGGUUGCUUAUAUACGUCAAAAACGAGCUCAAUCAGUACAAACCAAGGAACAAUAUUUGUACAUUUUCAGGGCAUUACUUGAUUUUGCUGUUAGCAAUCAUAUUACUUGUGCACGAAAAAUAAAUCCAUUUGUUGAAAGAUACCGACAAAUAUGCCAUUUCGAUGAAACAUGA